GCCGCUCACUAAGCUCCGUUACACAGACAGUCACAGAAAAGCCGACGAGAGCAAGAGCCGCCGAGAGCUCCUUUUGGGUCCUCUUUAGAAGCGGCCAGUCGAAAAGUUACCAAGUGACGGAUUAAUAAACGAUACACUCUCCUAAACAAACAUGAAGUCCACAUGCAUCAUCUUGGCGACUGCGCUGUGCGUGGCUUUGGUCAGCUCGAAUCCGCUUCCCGAAGGAGAGCGCCUUCGGUCCGAGACGCUCGAUCGGCUGAUGAUGAUCGAAGCCGACGACGUGGCAGCCCUACGGAGCAAAAGGACGAUCGGUAUCCUGCGGGAACUGUUCCCGGAAGUUUCACAGGACGUGAAUCCGGAGGCGGAGGACAGGGCGAACGAGGUGGCGGCGGAGUCGCAGAACAACGAGGUCAAAGUGCAGUUCGCGGACGAGCAGGGAACGGACGACACGGCGGCGCAACUUACGCCGCUGGACGAGGUGGAAGCCGAGGACGACGAGAACAGAAACAAGAGGUUCCUGAACUUCGGGUUCGGAGGCUCUUCGAGCAACGGCGGCAGCGGCGCGGGCUCUGGCAAUUUCCUCUUCGACAUUAUCAGGCAAGCGGCCGACGGGGCGGCAAGAGCGGCGGGCACGGUGUACCGCGUGGUGGCAGGUACGCAGAGCCUAGGGCUCGGCUUAAGCGCCUCCCGGGACUUGGGCCCGGCUCCCCAAGAUGCCGCCCCUGCUGCCGCUCCAGCUGGUUCCUCGGCCACGACAGGAUCCUCGACCAACGCACCGGCCGCGUCAGGAGCCGGCAACCUACCACCGCUGGUGGCUGGAAGCGGAAGUCAGGCCAGCGCUUCCGGAGGCGUCGACGGGAAGGCCGAGGAAACCCCGGAGGCGGUCCCUGGACCGGUCACCAGGCUCUUCGUCAUCGCGAACAGAGGAAUAUCGAAUCUCCUACAGGACCUCAUCCUUCGCCUGGCAGCAACGAGCGAGCGCAUCGUUAACUUCAAGGCGAGACUGAUCACUUCCAUCAUCUAGAAAUCGGUGAGAAAGGAACUAGGGUGAGGAAGUACAAGAAAAGAUUCGAUGGUCCUGAUGUGGUCGGGCCA